AUGAUUUUCUUAAAUGCACCAGUAUUACUGGUGUUCUUGGGCCACGAGCAACAGAUUGAAUCAUACUGGACAAAGGGCCUUUUAGGGGCUGCUGCCAUUGCCCUAGUUUGCACAGUUCUUCCUUUAACCAUUCUCUUUCUUCAAGCCCUCUUCGUUCCUCGUCAACUGGUCUCAGUAUCUGAUAAAGAACAAGUUGAGCCCACCACAUUCUUGGGGAAACCGCUCUUUUUCCCAGUUCAGUUCAAUCAUAUCCGCCUCAGACCUGUCAAGGAUCAGUUCAUCAAUCGGUUUCUCCUUGUGGGUACUCCGGUUGGUCUCCGUUGUCGCAUUGGGAGCUUGCUUGCCGUCGACGAUAACUCUCUCGAUGUGACACCACCACCUGGCGGCGUGGAAAAGUAUUGGUCAUGGAGCCGUCUUUCUUCACAGCUAUCUUGUUGGUUCACUGUCGAUUCUGCACGUUUCCUGCACCGUGGAGAACACGGGCUGGAUCUUCGAACAAAGCUUGACAAUUUCCUCCGCGAUCAGAAUGAGAACCCUGCACAGUGGCCCUAUGCCUAUCUUCUGGGUGUACCCCAGUUCUUGGGGUGGUCUCGCUCAGUGGUUUCUUGGUGGUACCUCUACAACGAGAACAGGGAGAUCGAUGCAAUGAUCUUUGAAAUCAACAAUUCCUACUAUGAGAAGAGGAAUAUUUUCCUCAGAGUGAAGUCUACCUCUGAUGAUCCCGUCGCUCCACCUCCAGAUCUGCCAGUGGAGUAUCUUGACCAGUUACAGCUGGCACGCUCGUUGGUUUCUUUGCCCCGAACCAAAUUCUACCAGGGAACUUGGGUUAAGAGCAUAUUUGCGUCUCCGUUCGAGAAGGUAGAUGGCCUUGUCUCCAAUAGGAUGAUGGACCCUCUGCAUCCAGCUGCCUGGAAGCCGAAUACCUCCUUUUCCAACAUGACAACAAUGGAAGAAGAUACGGGCGAAGUUCGCAUGGCUACUCGCAUGAUUUGCGACGGGCCUCCGAUUGAUCCCACCAAGAUGACUACUUUUGAGGUCGCCAAGUUCCUCACUCAAUGGACAUUACCAAAUAUUUUCACCACUGCAGAAAUCGUGAUCAAGGCCCUGAAAAUCAAAUUCUAUGGUAUGAUGGUCAUGAACAAGAAACCUCCCGUCCGCAGCGGGAGUGUUGGUCAGCCGAUCACAAAGUUAGAAAGUGACUUUGAACGUGUCUUCCGCUCCUAUCUUACUGCCUGUGUCAAGGCUUGCCCAGAACCCAUCGCGCUUACUUACUUACCUUGCCGGUCAUUCACCAAUGAGAUUGUCCGCAUGCAGUCCCCCUCAUACGAGGCUUCUCACAAAAGUGCACUCACAUUGACUGUCGAGCCUGCCGAUCCGCGAUUCUACUCAAGGUUCCCCGCUUAUCUGGAUGUGUCGACAGCUUUGGUCCAGGAAACCACGCCAGCAGGACUGGCCGCUGACCCAACUGCUCCGCCACUCAUCGUAUCUGACUUACCUCUUCUUACUUCCAUACUUGAAUCAGGGUCCAAGAUGAAGCCUCAAUCCAACGGCUUGAGCUGGAAAACGAAACUCCUGUUUUCUUGGUGCCGAAACUCGGCUCCUACUUUCAUGGACAAGUUUGCUUUAUCCAUGUCAGAUAGAUCUGUCCGCGCCGCCUACCUCUCUUCAAAUCUGGAGAUUGCCAAUGCUCGGAAGCUCGCAUUUGGCUCUCAGAGCUUACUUGGAAUCUGGGCAUUAAUAUCAUCUUGCUUGAUUCGAUGGUCCUUUUUGGAAGGCCUUUCUGCCUGGUGCAGUACUUUCUCGUUCGUUGGGAACGGUCAUGUCGUGAUGGUUGUUUCAGGAUAUAUCUUUGCAGUGGGCGUCUGGGAGAGAACCAAGGCCUGGUUUCUUCAAAGUUAG